GCUUUCUGGGGGGGGCGGUCCGCUUACAGCCCGGGGUCUUAUCCCGGUUGCUGUGGGUCCUUCGGGCCCCUUUGGAGCUACAAGUAGAGUGCUGCCCCGGGGCCUAGUGUGUGCCUGGCGCACCUGCCCUGGCUCGCCCCGCCCAGGAGGAAAUGAAGCCUUAGGAGACUAAGUGAUCAGCACAUAGUAGGUCUAAUCGAAUGGAGGAGAGAGAGUGAAGUGAGCGAGGCGCACCAGGAUUCCCUCCUCCAGCCUUGCACGGUCUUCGGACUGAGAGCCCACCUGCCGCCUAGAAGUUUCUCCCUCCCGAAAGCCUUGGAGAGACGGGACUGCCCGUGGGAGGGGGACAGGGGACGUCCCAUUGGGUGACCGCAGGCCUCUGUCGCCGCUCCAUCUGAUCUCCAGGAGCGCCAGGCUCCAGACUGCCUGGAGCGCUGAAAGAGUUAACCAGGAACGCCUCCCCACUGCGGUUUUGUGGUCGAAACCAUGAUUGCCAGGAGCAAAUUUUUGUCGUGCACAAGUUUCAGGUCCGUACGACUGCUAAAGAAUGACCCAGUCAACUUCCAGAAGUUCCCCUACACUAGUGAGGACGAGGCCUGGAAGACCUACCUGGAAAACCCCUUGACGGCCGCCACGAAGGCCAUGAUGAGGGUCAAUGGCGACGACGACAGUGUGGCGGCCUUGAGCUUCCUCUACGACUACUACAUGGGCCCCAAGGAGAAGCGGAUACUGUCCUCCAGCACUGGGGGCCGGAAUGACCAAGGAAAGAGGUACUACCAUGGCACGGACUAUGAGAUGGACCUCGCUCCCCUUGAAAGUCCCACGCAUCUCAUGAAAUUCCUGACCGAGAAUGUGUCCGGAGCCCCAGAGUACCCAGAUGUGCUCAAGAAGAAUAACCUGAUGAGCUUGGAGGGGGCCGUGCCCACUCCGGGCAAGGCAGCUCCCCUCCCCGCAGGCCCUGGGAAGCUGGAAGCUGGCUCUGUGGACAGCUACCUACUGCCCACCAGUGAUGCGUAUGAUAACAGCUCCCUCAGCUCCUUGUUUGAGAGCAUUCACGGGGUGCCACCCACACAGCGCUGGCAGCCUGACAGCACCUUCAAAGAUGACCCACAGGAGUCACUGCUCUUCCCAGAUAUCCUGAAAGCGUCCCCAGAACCCCCGUGUCCAGAAGACUAUCCCAGCCCCAAGAGUGACUUUGAGUACACCCUGGGCUCCCCCAAAGCCAUCCACAUCAAGUCAGGGGAGUCGCCUAUGGCCUACCUCAACAAAGGCCAGUUCUAUCCCAUCACCCUGCGGACCCCAGCAGGCGGCAAAGGCCUUGCCUUGUCCUCCAACAAAGUCAAGAGUGUGGUGAUGGUGGUCUUUGACAACGAGAAAGUCCCGGUGGAGCAGCUACGCUUCUGGAAGCACUGGCAUUCCCGGCAACCCACUGCCAAGCAGCGUGUCAUCGAUGUGGCCGACUGCAAAGAAAACUUCAACACCGUGCAGCACAUCGAGGAGGUGGCCUAUAAUGCAUUGUCCUUCGUGUGGAAUGUCAACGAGGAGGCCAAGGUGUUCAUCGGUGUCAACUGCCUCAGCACAGACUUCUCCUCGCAGAAGGGGGUGAAGGGCGUCCCCCUGAACCUGCAGAUCGACACCUACGACUGUGGCUCGGGCGCUGAGCGCCUGGUGCACCGCGCCGUCUGCCAGAUCAAGAUCUUCUGUGACAAGGGAGCAGAAAGGAAAAUGCGGGAUGAUGAACGAAAGCAGUUCCGGAGGAAGGUCAAGUGCCCCGACUCCAGCAACAGUGCAGGUAUGAAGGGCUGCCUGCUGUCUGGCUUCAGGGGCAAUGAGACCACCUACUUGCGGCCUGAGGCUGACCUGGAGACCCCACCGGUGCUGUUCAUCCCUAAUGUGCACUUCUCCAGCCUGCAGCGUCCCGGAGGGGCAGUGCCCUCGGCAGGUCAGAGCAGCUCCAACAGGCUGCCUCUGAAGCGCUCCUGCUCACCCUUCGCUGAGGAGUUUGAGUCUCUGCCCUCCAAAAAGGCCAAGGAAGACGAUCUUCAGAGAGUUCUGUUGUACGUGCGGAGGGAGACCGAGGAGGUGUUUGACGCCCUCAUGUUGAAGACGCCAGACCUGAAGGGGCUGAGGAAUGCGAUCUCUGAGAAGUAUGGGUUCCCUGAAGAGAACAUUUACAAAGUCUACAAGAAAUGUAAGCGGGGAAUCUUGGUCAACAUGGACAACAACAUCAUCCAGCACUACAGCAACCACGUCGCCUUCCUGCUGGACAUGGGGGAGCUUGAUGGCAAGAUUCAGAUCAUCCUGAAGGAGCUGUGAGGCCCAAGCAUCCACACCCUCAGACCCUGUGGGGUGGCUCCAGGCAAGGAGCCCCCUGGGGAGUGGCCCAUGCCGCACACAACCUCUCCUCAUGCCCCAGUGCUGUUACUUGAAUGCCCUCCCUGAGAAAAACACAUCACAGACCCGCAGAUGUCAAGGUCAGGAAGGGACCCAGGAGGUGUCCUGACCUGAACCCCAUCUCAUGCUUGAAUCUACCCUGGACUUCCUGCCAGCCCCCGCCCAGCCAGAAAGAGUGUCGUCCUGCUUAACGUUCCCAUAGCCUGUCUCCUUCUCGGAAGACCCUGCUUUCAGUCCAUCUCCUGGUUGGCCGUUCGGAUGGUGCCAGUGGACCCUCUUUCCCAAAGCUGACUCGACUCCUGUCCGGCCUGCAUUCUUGGUUCUUCCAUCAACUUCAGACUGAGGAUCCCUUACCCUUUGGUCAAUUAACUUGAAAACUCUUUUGAUUUUCAAUGCAAACAACUUUUAAAUGUUACCAUGGUGGAAACACUCUCUUUCUCCUGGAUUUCCUUGAUACAAGUUGUAAAUAAUAGAGCUGAUUCAUUGGAGUGGCUGCUGUAUAAAAUAACUUCCAUGCCUGUUCACUGAUGUACACAUUUCUUAUUUACAAUUUUCAUUUAUGUUAUAUAUAUAUAUAUAAGUAUAUAUUGUAUAUAUAUGCAACAUUUUAUAUUUUUCAUGGAUGCAUUUUUAUCAUUUCAAAAAAUGUGUAUUUCACAUUCUUGGACUAUUUUUUUUAGCUGUUAUUCAAUUAUGCAUUUUGUAUACUCACGUGGUAUUUAGUAAUAAAAUUCUACCUAUGUAUUACUUCAAA